GCGAUCGAUGUGCGCCAUCUUGAUGUAUAUGUGCGUACGUACAGCGCACACAUGUAUACCUGAAGGCUUGCGCUGGUCACGUUGGAAGAAGUGGUUAACAUAAAUUGUAUAAAAAGAAGCUAUUGAAGAGAUUGUUGAAGAUGUCCUUUCCCCCACCCGGUAACCCCUUCAUGGCCCGUCCAAGAAUGCCUGCUGGCGUUAAUCAGAAUCAGUUCCCUCCUUUUGGACCCAUGCCAUCUGGCAUGCCAAUGAAUCCCCAGAUGGGCCUCCUACCACAGCCUCCCAUGUCCAAGAUGCCUCCUGGAAUGAGACCCAAUCUUCCACAACCACCCAUACCUGGACAGAGGUUCCCAGGGCGUAUGCAACAUGUACCACACCCAGACUUCAUUCUGAAAGAAACACCAAUGCAACAGCAGACCCAGAUGCAGCAACAGCAGCAGGGCACGUCCAGUCCCUCAGGGGAGCAGGAGGCGGCCAACGGCGACAAACCCAAAACCACCGUCUUUGUGGGCAACAUCUCGGAGAGAGCCCCGGACGCACUCAUCCGUGCGAUGUUGUCUAAAUGUGGCGUCAUAUCAAGUUGGAAACUCCAGGGAGCAUCGGGUAAACUACAGGCCUUUGGGUUCUGUGAGUACAGUGCCCCCGAGGCCAGCCUUAGGGCCAUCAGACUCUUACAUGAUUUAGAAUUAGGAGACAAGAAACUUCUGGUCAAAGUUGAUGCUAAAACCCGGAUUCAGCUGGAUGAGUAUCUUGCAGAGAAGGGACAGAGUUCAGAGGAGUUGGAUGAUGAGACACAAGCGGAAGACGCUAACAUCAAAGGUCAAAUUGACCGAUUGACCAAUGACUAUAAACACGCCCUCAACAAACCACAAGAAGAGACGUCCAAGGACCAAAGCAAAGACCAGCAACAAUCCAGAGAUCAAAAAGAUGGCAAAGAUUCUAAGAAGAAUAAAAAGGAAAAUAUCCAGGAUUUGAACAACAUCGAGGAAGACAAACGACAUAUAAUCAGCCGAGAGAUUGACCGCUUCCGAGACACAUACAAGGCAGCAGAGGACAGGGAGAAGGACCGUCAAGCACGGGAACAGCGGCGGGAAGAGCGUGACUCCAAGCGGGGGGACACGAAGGACCGAGACCGUGACCGCGACCGGGAAAGGGACAAGGAACGAGAGCGGGAACGUGAACGUGAGAGACAAAGGGAUAGGGAGAGGCGUGAAUUGGAGAAGGAGAGAGAAGAAAAACGAGACAGAGAACGGAGACUGGAACGGGAGAGGGAACGGGAGAAAGAGCGCGACCGAGAAAAGGAGCGUGAGAGAGAGCGUGAACGAGAACGUGACCGCGACCGGGACCGCGACCGGGACCGCGAUCGAGAAAGGGAGCGCGAUCGAGAACGGGAAAGGGAACACGACCGGGAUAGGUUUGACGAAGAGGAAGAAUUUGAAAGGAGGAAGCUGGAAAGGAAGCUGCGGGAAAAGGAAGAAGCUUACCAACAGCGACUCAAAGCAUGGGAAAGCCGUGAACGCAAACGUGGCCGUGAGUACGAGAAGCUGCGAGACAAACAGGACGGCGAGAGAAGCGAGAUGGAGAAGGAGGCCAAGAGACUGCGGGAAUUCCUGGAGGAUUACGACGACGAACGAGAUGAUCCCAAAUAUUACAUGGGGAGUGCCUUGGAGCGGCGACGUAAAGAGAGAGAAAAGGAAAUUGACAGCGACAAUCGUGACCGACGUCGAGAACGAGAGGAGCUGGAGGAAAUCAAGCGUAAGCUUUUGGAGGAGGGACGUGACAACGUAGAGGAGGAAAUGGAGAAGCUUGAGCAAGAACGUGAGAAGCAUCGGUUACCCCAGCUAGCUCUUGUGCCUAAGGAGGAGAAACCUAAACUUGAGCCCACGAUGAAGCCACUUGACGUUCCAGAAGAACCAAACCCAGAAAUGGCUGCCCUGCCUGCAGCACCAGGCCCUCGAACUCCAGAGUCCUUGGAAGCAAGUCCUGAGCCAUUGUCUGCCCAUUCGGCCGAGGAGGAGAGUGACCAACGAAUCAAGGAGCCACACAAACCGAGGCUCAGUUUUGGAGGCCUAAAACUUGUGGGAGCGAAUGACCCCCAGUCUUCUGCUGUCGCCAAACGUAAGAAGCUGUCAGUGGUGGAGGCUUUCAACCAGGACGAGGACACAACAGACACCGUCAAGAAGAAACGCAAGCUGGUCCCCAUCGACUACUCGGAGGAGGAGAUGAAGGCCGUCGGAGGGGGCCAGUCUCAGGCCGUGGCUACAGCUGCCGAGGAGAAGAGAAAGACCAUCAAGAACCUGAUUGAGAAGAUUCCCACCGCUAAAGAGGAGCUCUUCAGAUACAAAGUAGACUGGGCCAUCGUGGACGAGUCUUUGAUGGAGAGGCGAAUCAAGCCCUGGAUCAACAAGAAAAUCGUUGAGUACAUCGGUGAGGAGGAGGCCACCUUGACUGAGUUUAUCUGCUCCAAGCUCCUGGCUCACAGCUCAGCUGAGAGCAUACUGAGUGAUAUCACCAUGGUUCUUGACGAGGAGGCAGAGGUAUUUGUGGUCAAGAUGUGGAGGUUAUUGAUCUAUGAGGUAGAAGCCAAGAAGCAUGGUCUGGUUAAAUGACAAUCAAACAAGUCGUCGUAGGUUCCAGACCCUCUAACUUAGUUGGCCCUCUUGCUAAAUUGAGCCAGUCCUAGAAACCCCCGGCUUCAACUUUUUCUUUUUAAAGGCUCAGAUUUGUACAUACUUAACAGACACGGGGGCAUUCAGAUGUGGUGCUUAAAAGUUACAAGACCACACCUUGAGUGGUGGUUAAGGUUUAGGAUUUGGCUGUUGACACUGAGACUGAGAUGAAAAAAAGAGAUGCCCAUGCCUGCUGUGUACAAUGUGUCAAGGCUCUAGUCCUGUAGUGACUGCAUUGGCUGGAUGACCAAGAUUCCUGCAUUUUGCUUACUGUUUGUCUGAACAUGGGCAUUUUGUAUUGAUGCGGGAUGCAGGACUUCAGAUUUAUACCCAUGUAAAAGAUUUUGCAGUGGAUGUCUUGAAUCCACUGUGUGAUGUAUUUUCGUGUCAGGGUUUUUAUCUUCAAGUGCAGCAGUUUUACUUGAGUUUCUCUCAAGUUUCAUCGACCAAGCGUACAAGUUUUCAUAAAAUGUUUCCCCGAGGGAGAAAUGCAGUCUAAAUUCAGUCAACAUCUUGGGUGUAGAUGAUAACUUGAAGUACAUUUAGUUUUCUGUUAUAUCACCCUCACAUGCCUCAAUUUGUAACUUCCAAACAUGUGCCAACUUGACUUGUGAGACGGAAAAAUGGCAUCUCGUAGUCUUAUCCUCGACAUGCCAUCACGGAACACCAGUCACCACCUCUUUACAGAGCAAGAAUUGAGCCUCCAAGACAUGAAGUUUCUCCCCCUUUGCUUACUCUAAAAAUGAAAAUGUUGUGAUACAAAACCUCUGACUUUGUCAUAUUUCUUCAACGCUGGCAAUAAGUGGAAUUGUUGAAGUAACCGAGAACACACUGGAGCGAGUGGUUAAAGGCAGCCCACAGAAUCGUGUAUUAUUCCAAGGCCUAUUUCUUUGAUUUAAACUAUUCUUACUUUGCUGUGAGCUCGACUGUCAUGUUGUGGGUGUAACCCGAGUGUGUCCCAUUUGUAGUUAAUUCUUGUUGGGACAUUCAUGUUGAUUGAACUUUCAUUUUCUUUCGAACAAGUUUAUUUUGAAAAUAACCCCCCUCCCCCGUAGCUCAGUUUUCCACCAUUUGAGUCAAGCAACUUUGUGGUGUUAUUUCAAAAUGUACUUGUAUUAUUAUUAAUUUUCUAUCCUGCCAACAUACACAAUACCAGUUUGGUUUGGUUACCUUGUAGAGGCACAUUAAAAGGUCUUUUGCCCAUCUUGGUUGUGUGAUUUUGGCACACAAUAAACCACAAAUCAGUUCUAAUGUUUAAUGUGUACAUUUGCAAGCCAUGUUGUGUGUGAUUGUGACAUUCAUUUAUUGUAGUUCCUAUUUAGUUGUCCGCUAUUAUUCUUGCAACUGAAAUUUUCACAACUCUGUGUUGCAACUGCUGCUGAGAGAGUAAAACAGGUGUGAGGUUUUGUCUGGGAAUUGUGAAAAGAAAUCUGAAUAAAUAAGCACUUGUAAAUAUCUUAAAACAAGUA